AUGGAAGAGAGGCAGAAAGAGAGAAUGGAAGAGAAGCAGAAAGAGAGAUUAUGGAAGAGAGGCAGAAAGAGAGAAUGGGAGAGACAGAAAGAGAGAAUGGAAGAGAGGCAGAAAGAGAGAAUGGAAGAGAAGCAGAAAGAGAGAUUAUGGAAGAGAGGCAGAAAGAGAGAAAGGAAGAGAAGCAGAAAGAGAGAUUAUGGAAGAGAGGCAGAAAGAGAGAAUGGGAGAGACAGAAAGAGAGAAUGGAAGAGAGGCAGAAAGAGAGAAUGGGAGAGGCAGAAAGAGAGAAUGGAAGAGAAGCAGAAAGAGAGAAUGGAAGAGAGGCAGAAAGAGAGAAAGGAAGAGAAGCAGAAAGAGAGAAUGGAAGAGAGGCAGAAAGAGAGAAAGGAAGAGAAGCAGAAAGAGAGAAUGGAAGAGAGGCAGAAAGAGAGAAUGGAAGAGAGGCAGAAAGAGAGAAUGGGAGAGGCAGAAAGAGAGAAUGGGAGAGGCAGAAAGAGAGAAUGGAAGAGAGGCAGAAAGAGAGAAUGGGAAAGAGGCCGAAAAAGAGAAUGGGAAAGGCAGAAAGAGAGAAUGGAAGAGAGGCAGAAAGAGAGAAUGGGAGAAAGAGAAUUGGAAAGAGAGAAUGAGUGA